GCCCGUCAUAUAAACUAACAAAGAAGAAAUCACUUAAUGUGGGACAGUGGAACAGUAGGCGAGCAUGGAGCAUCUUUUUACUGGGAACUUGUUUAACAUGUCUGCUGCUAACUUGGUGUCCAGGUGUCCUGUUUGGGGUCAGAUGGAGAGUGAUCUUCUGAACUACAUCUCAAUACACUGUCUGAGAACAAAGAUGAAGAUACAAGCCGCCUUCUUGCUGUUGUUCCUGAUGUCUGCCAGUGGCUUCCUUAAAAAACAUAAAAACCCACUUACGCCCUACGGACGAUUUCAAAAGUUUGUUAGGGUGCAUAUCAUCAAUACUACAAUGCGUGCCAAUGAGUGUUUCAAAAAGCUCAAAACCUUGAAGGUUAAUGAAGGCCAGAAAUGCAAGAAAAUCAAUACUUUCAUCCAAGCAACUGUACAAGAUGUCGUUGAUGUGUGCGAGAAUGGAGAGAAAGUCAGAGUUGAUGGUGAAAUUAUGCAUAAAAGCAAGAGAAAGUUCAAGAUCACUGUGUGCUCAUUGAACAAUGAGUCCCCCAAGUGUAAAUAUAAGGGUGAGACCAGGGAGGCCAAGAUCCAGAUCAAAUGUAUGGACAUGAGCCUGCCAGUGCACUUCCAUGGUGAGGAAGACUAUGACUAUGAAGAAUUGUUGUGGUAUUAAAAGCAUUGUGUAUCUUGCUGUGUAACUAACUGUGGCAAAUUAUCUUCUGUUUUGUUCUAUGCAGUAUCAUGUAUAUUGAUUGGAUUGUAUGCCAAAGACUCUUAAAAUGUAAAUGUAAUAAAAUAAAUAUCAAAUGUU